GCCUUGCCUUGCCAGGCGUUUGGAUAAACAACAGUCAACAGUACCUCCGAAUUUGUACGUGUCCUUGAAAACUAACUGUAAAAAUUCUUCAAGCCAUGGUAAGUCGCUGCUUGUCGGUUGUUGCCUCUGCAUCCAGGACAGCAUCCUCUGCACGCCUUGUAUCCCUGGCAAGUCGGUUGAGAUGGCUCGCAACUGAAGCAACACAAGCUUCGUCUUCAAUUCCUCCACCCAUCACCGCCGACCCCAAAAUUUCCAGGAUAGUGGACGAUAUCUCUGCCCUCACCCUUUUACAAGCGGCCGACCUCGUUUCCCUUUUGAAGUCGAGGUUGAAUAUCCAGGAAAUUGCUAUGCCCGCUGCUGCUGCACCCGCGGCAGUCGCACCUGCGGAGGAGGCGCCAGCAGAGGAGAAACCCAAAGAGAAGACAGUCUUCAAUGUCAUGCUCAAAUCCUUCGACGCCGGUGCUAAGCCCAAGAUCAUUCGAGAAGUGAAGGCCUUGGUACCAAAUCUUACGCUCAUCGACGCGAAGAAAUUUGUGGAGUCAGUUCCCAAAGUCUUGAAAGAAAACCUCUCGAAAGAGGAUGCGGAGAAGCUAAAGAAGACUUUCGAGGCCUUGGGCGCGAUGGUGGAGCUCGAGUAAUAAUCCAUUAUAAUCAUGCUAAUGUAGACCACCACUCCACACUGACGACGCGCACGCAUGCACCAUAGAUAUAUUUGAGU